UACUAUCAGUGUUUUCUUGAACCUGGGUGUCUCUGGAUUAUAUUCUAGUAUCUGCUGAGGAUUUAUUUGCCUAACUCUUCCUGUGUGAUGGAUCAUAGCUUCUGAUCUGUCCCUUUGGAUCAGCAUACUUCUUACUACUGCUCAUCCUGUUUUCCCGGUAGCUGCAGCAGUGUCUUGUCAUUGGUAUUAAGUUUGUGUAUAUAGUAUAGGGGUUGUGGCACUUUGUUCAGCAGCUCUGCCGCCUGGUGAUGGCGGACGUCUUUUUAGGGCUGUUGUACACGUAGCAGAACGACUUGGCGUUUUCUCAUUUUCAUGUGGGCCUCAUUUGUUCACUCAGUCCGGAACAGGAAGGCCCCAGAGGGGUGUGUGUGCUUGUGUGCAAGCGAGUGUGAGAGGCAGGCUGUAACAAGAUAUCAAUGUGCCAUAUUUUUAAAGAAACUGUUCUCAAAUAAUGUCUAUAAUUUUCAAACAACACAAGUUAUGGUGCUUUUAUUCUGAUAUGUUUGUCUUUUUAUGAACCAGCUUUUGUAAUGCCUGAUGGUACAAAGAACUGUAUUUUGAAUAUCCUGGAUAUCUGUGAAGUCCAGCUAUACCUGGUUAACUGUAUUUGGUAGAAAGGAGAAACUAAUCAGUGUUGAACCUCCCGAUUUGAGAAUAAAGCAUUAUAGUCUGUGAUUGGAUGAUCUAAUCACUUGUAGUGUUUGGUUUGUUAUCUGUAUUGUCACAAGUGAAGUGACAUUUACUCUACUUUUAUGUGAAAUGUCUUUUUCACGUAGAGAGAGGAGCAUUAAGAACUUGUAGCAAUUUUCAAAAGAAAGCUUAUCACACAAAUGGGGUUGACCUCUAAGCCAGUGAGCCAAUCAUUUUAGCUAGAAACCAGAGCUGCAGCUAUAGCUAUGCACUGGUCAAGCGGGUGACCUGUCAGGGGUCUUUCGGAGGAUUUUCUCUUCCUUGGAAUAAGGCCCUUUGCUGCUCCAACAAAGAGCCAAACACUCAAAGAUCUUCCUUUAUUGCCAGACCCUCUUUAUUCUGGUCUUUUCUUCUCAGAAGAAAUGAGAUGGGAGCAGGACUGGAGACUUGGGGAGUCAGAGGUUUCAAGUGCUAAAUGUGUGUGCUGUACAGGCUGGAUCAUUAUUAUUUGGAUACAUGGUUUGAAUAUUAAAAUAUAAAAAAAAAUACAAUAAUAUAUGUAAAAUACACGAUACGAUACAUGUUGAGUUAGCUGUUUAAAGAUGUAGAGUGGUUUUAAAAUAGGGUUUCUAAAUGCUUGGGGAGAUUUCAAGGAUAAAAUUGGUCUCCAAGACAUGGCCUAAGUCCUUUGGGUGUAUUCUUGUUGUUACUGAUGGGGCUUGUGAUGUGGCAGAAACAUAUACCAUUAAUUGUCAUGAGAUGCUGUGCCUCAGUAGUAUGGACCAACUCCCUUUGGAUGUUACUAUAGGACAAUUCACCAUAUGUCACGAACAAAGCGCAGACCAAAGAACAGGAUCUAGUCAGACGAAAAUCUUGGAAAUGUGUCUUGUGAAGGACGGAGGUGCAGAGUAAUGUGUUAAAUGGCCCGAUGUGUUGUUGUGAAUAUCAACUUGUCCUUAGCGGAGAGGAGCGUUGCCAUGUCUGGCUGAGGAGGAGAUAAAGACAGAGUCUGAUGUGGUAGAUGGGAUGGAUGCAUCUUUACGAUCCAAAGUCCCUGAUCCACCGGGGUCAGCAGAACGGUCAGUGGUCCCACAGAAGAGAAAGACGUCAAGUCCCACUCAUUCCUCAAAUGGGCACUCUCCUUCAGACACCUCCCCCAGCCCUCUGAAGAAAAAGAAGAAACCAGGGGCUGUCAACUGUAACAACAAAGACCAGUCAGAGCUAAGACAUGGUCCCUUUUACUAUAUGAAGCAGCCACCACUGACCACAGACCCUGUUGAUGUUGUACCGCAGGACGGCAGGAAUGAUUUCUACUGCUGGCUGUGCCACCGCGAGGGCCAGGUGCUCUGCUGUGAGCUCUGCCCCAGGGUGUAUCACGCCAAGUGCCUCAAACUACCAGCCGAGCCCGAGGGCGACUGGUUCUGUCCAGAGUGUGAGAAAAUAACAGUUGCUGAAUGCAUUGAAACCCAGAGCAAAGCAAUGACAAUGCUGACAAUAGACCAACUGUCCUACUUGCUCAAAUUUGCACUCCAAAAGAUUAAACAGCCUGGGACCGAGCCUUUUCAGAAGCCUGUGUCCUUAGAACAGCACCCAGAUUAUGCUGAGUAUAUCUUUCACCCCAUGGACCUGUGCACUAUUGAGAAGAACAUCAAGAAGAAAAUGUAUGGCUGCACUGAAGCUUUUCUUGCUGAUAUAAAGUGGAUUUUACACAAUUGCAUCAUCUAUAAUGGAGGUAAUCACAAGCUAACAGCAACUGCGAAAGUCAUUGUCAAGAUAUGUGAACAUGAGAUGAACGAGGUUGAGGUAUGUCCAGAGUGCUACCUCUCAUCAUGCCAAAAAAGAGACAACUGGUUUUGUGAGCCAUGUAGUCAACCCCACCCACUGGUCUGGGCCAAGCUAAAGGGCUUUCCAUUCUGGCCAGCAAAAGCACUUCGGGAAAAGGAUGGGCAGGUUGAUGCACGUUUCUUUGGACAACAUGACAGGGCCUGGGUUCCCAUCAACAACUGCUACCUCAUGUCCAAAGAGAUUCCGUUCUCUGUGAAAAAAACAAAGAGCAUUUUCAACAGUGCUAUGCAAGAGAUGGAAGUCUAUGUGGAAAACAUUCGCAAGAAAUUUGGGGUCUUCAACUAUGCAUCCUUCCGCACUCCUUACACUCCCAACAACCAGUUACAGAUGCUGCUGGACCCCUCUAACCCCAGUGCUGGGACAGUAAAAACGGAAAAGCUGGAUAAACUUCGAUUCAACUUUGAUAUAACGGCAUCUCCAAAGAUGGUCCUCAGCAAGAAUUCCACUCCCAGUGCUAUGAGUCGAAGGGUUUCGAUGACAGACAUGCCUCGAUCUCCCAUGAGCACAAACUCCUCUGUUCACACAGGGUCUGAUGGGGAGCAGGAUGCAGAAAAGGUAAACAGAAAUCCUGCCUUCCACUACAGCACUGGAGAGGAGUCAAUGGACUGUUCAGCAUCACCUGUAUCAGGGAAGAUGGGUCCUACAGGCAGUGUAACAAGCAGCCCAAAGCCUUUCAACCCUGGACUGGUACCAAAGCAGGAGAAGACAUCGGGCACUGGGGGCAUCCUCAAUCUUAACUUGGAUCGAGUAAAGGCUGAGAUGGAUCUAAAAGAAUUAAGUGAGACUGUGCAGCAGCAGCAGCAGCAGCAAGGAGCCUCAGCUGCCCUCCCCACCCCAAAAAGACCCAUCAGAAGCCUGGAUAAGACAAUUGAAAGCUGCAAGGCACAGCUUGGAAUAGAUGAGAUUUCUGAAGAUGUAUAUAAGGGUGUGGAUCACAGUGACUCUGAGGACUCUGAAAAAUCAGACUCCAGUGACAGCGAGUAUAUAAGUGAUGAGGAACACAGGCCAAAAAGCUCCACCCAACAAGAAAAGGACAAAGAGAAAAAAAGGCUCAAGUCAAGCACGGAUGGAGAUGUCAAGGAGGAGGCAAAAGGAAUGGGGAAUAAAGCCCUGCCUGAGCCCCUAGUCAAGGAGAAGCAGGGGAGCAAUGGUCCAGACCGAGAUCUCCAGGACAAACCCAAAAGUCCCCAAUCUCAAUCACCAACUGAGAAACUAAAAGCCCCAGAGGAGGGCAAAGGAGCUAUUGUAACAUCUGUAGGAGAGCAAGACUCUGACUCUGAAAGAGAGUUGGUGAUUGACUUAGGGGAUGAACAUGGAGGAUCUGAAUCAAAGAGAGUAAAAAGAGAGCCAGGGGCUUCUGCACUCAAAACUCACAAAGAGUCCAGCAUUGUCAAGUUGGAAGGUAAGCCGCCUUCUGCACCAGCAGCAUUGUCACGGGAGGCAACCUCUAACCUGAAAGAGUCUCUGCCAGUCACGCUCCCAGCAGCGCUUAACCUUGUUUCUACUACGGCUUCUGCUCAGUCCACUGCCACCACGAGUACAUCUGUGCCUACCAGUGCUCCCUCUCCUGCCUCUGUCUUAUCCGGGUCCUCAGUACCUACAGCUGUGAAGAAACAACGCCCUCUGCUGCCCAAAGAGUCUGCUCAAUCGGUGCAGCAGGCAGUAGUUUGGAAUCCCUCCAAGUUUCAGACGUCGUCUCAAAAAUGGCACAUGCAGAAGGUACAGAAGCAGCAGCAGCAGCAGCAGCAGCAGCAGCAGCAGCAACAGCAGCAGCAGCAGCAACAACAACAUGGAGAACCAUCAGCAGUGCAGACACAGGCUCAGACGCAAGGACAGACACGCAGCCCACAGCAGUUGCAGCUGCAGCACCAGAACCCUUCAAGUACCCGCUACCAGACCAGGCAAUCAGUCAAAGUUGCAGUUCAACAAAAAGACCCACCUCAGACUUCUUCAGGAACUGCCCAGACUACAUCUCUUAUCUCUUCUUCAUUCGGAUCAGGCGACUUGCAGAUCCCCACAGCGUCAGCCGAUGUGGCUGCAGACAUAGCAAAAUAUACAAACAAAAUUAUGGACACAAUCAAAGGGACUAUGACUGAAAUCUACAAUGACUUUUCCAAAAGCACUUCAGGGAACACAAUUGCAGAGAUUCGACGGUUAAGGAUAGAGAUUGAGAAACUCCAGUGGUUACAUCAACAAGAGUUGUCAGAAAUGAAGCACAAUCUGGAACUUACAAUGGCAGAAAUGAGGCAGAGCCUAGAACAGGAAAGGGAACGUUUGGUGGCUGAGGUCAAAAAGCAGAUGGAGGUAGAAAAACAACAAGCAGUGGACGAGACCAAAAAGAAACAGUGGUGCGCUAACUGCAGGAAAGAAGCCAUCUUCUACUGCUGCUGGAAUACCAGUUAUUGUGAUUAUCCCUGCCAGCAAGCCCACUGGCCAGAGCACAUGAAGUCCUGCACACAGUCAGCCACUGCUUCACAACAGGAACCGGAGGCAGAGCCCAACUCAGACCCUACUGUCAAGGCAUCAGGCCCCUCUCCUACCACGCAGCCAAUUCCCUCCACAGCUGGAUCCAUAUCAGACAAAAGCAACUCUCCCACUUACAUGGACAGGAACAAGGACAGUGCUGCUGUCACAGUGACCUAACUAUUACACUACAAAAUUUAAUGUUAUCAAACACAUGGCAUCAGACUUGGUCCUACACCCCUGUGACAAAUCACUUUUUUUUACAUUCCCCGAAUCUGCUGCUUGCUUGGUGAACACUUUACCAUUAUCCCUCAAUUGCUUUCUACAAGUCCAUAUUUAGGUGGUUUCACCAUGUGAAAGUUGUCUUUCUAGAGAAUUUAAAUGUGAGUAUGUGUUUGUUUAUAACGUAAUUUUACGUUAACAGCUCUGUUACUGCUUUUUUGAAGCCUAAACAAGAUUGUACCAGCGCAUAGAAUAUUUGCUACAUUAUCACUUUCAUUGUUGCUCUUAAGUACUUUGUGGUUGUUUUUACUUUAAUUGCUCUCCAUCUUAUGAGGCAAUCAUUAAAACUGCCACCAAAAGUUGAAAAUCUAUUAUGAUGCCACCAGUUGUGUUUUGAGUUAUGCAAUUUUAUUUUUUAUUUUUCUAAACAUAUCCUCUUCAUGUCACCUGAUGUAGUUUAAGUAAAGCAGGUUUAAACAUUGUGUUUUCAAUCACGUCCACUUUGUGUCAGCGGUGACCUUUUUUGAAUCGUACCAGUUUUGUAUUGUAGUUUCACAUUGCAUAGGUCUACAUAAAAUAUCCGUGGUUUAAAGUGACUAAAAAUUUAAUUGUACAAAGCUUUUGUAAGAAGAUACAUAAACAAUAUUUAUAGUGUUAUAUGUUUUUAUAGUAUGUAAUACAUUUCUACGUGUCUAAAAAAAGGUUAUUUGAAAAUAAAUGACUUCACAUGAAUGUCAGUACUGAGAGAGAUUUCUGUUUUAAUGGUUAUCCAAAGCUGAUGUAAUCUCUGGUCAGACUGUGUCUAAGGACUGGAUAGCCAUAAAUCGAUCUGCAUUUUGGCUGGAUAUUAUUUCCUGUGAGCAUGUCUGUUUUGAGCUUGUGUCUCAUUCUUGUUUACAUAUUGUACAUACUAUGAAUGGAAUUGUGAGGAAAAAAUAAAAAUGCUUGAUCCA